AUGAAGACCCAACUUGAGGGCCUGGGUCUGGACUACCAGGCGCCUACAGUCAGUGGCAAGGCGCCCUCGCGCCCACAGAGAGGUUCUUCAAAGAAAGGGAAGAACAAGUCCUCAUCCUCUGAAGCUAAGGGCGAUGCGCCUGUCGCAGCACCCACAGGAAAGGGGCGCAUCAAACCACCAAAGGUGGCAAGUGUCCCUCUAGUGGAGGAAGAGAUUGUGCCUACCUUCGUGCAACCCAACGAGGAGGCGCUUGCUGUCGACAUUCCUUCUGAUCCCGAGCUGGAUGUCGAUGAUCUCCCGCUUGCGCAAAAGCUGAAACGGAAGCAGGCUGAGGAUGAUACCCGGACGCAGAGCAAGAAGCAGCGCACAAGCGCAGAGGAGCGAGUCCCGGAGUUUGUCGAGAAAUGGCUACAACCCCCCCCCCCCCCCAAGCACAGAGUCAACAUUGCCUGCUCAGACAGAUCUGUCUUGGAGAGAGGCUCUGCGCUUGGCUUUGCCUUUCACGCGGCCGAGGUAUUGAGGGCGCCCAGCGAAGUUCAAGGCGCGAAUUUAUGGGGAGAGGUAGCACGCAUGGCUGCCCAGAUGCUCCUACUCGCUAAGAAUGGCGCAUUGGCUGGCGAGGCGCUGCGCGUUGGAGAGAAUGAGGCCUGCAAUUCCCUUAGUGUGAUGAGGGAUGACUUGGAGACCGCCCAAAGGCGCCAAGCAGAGUUGGUGCAGGCGUGCGAGGAUGCCAAUCUCGAGGCUGCCAAAGCUGUUUCUCUCGUCCAAAAGUCCAUCGAUGAGGAAAAGCAGAGACUGAAAUCAGAGCAUGAGGCCCAGCUCGAGAAUGUCAAAAGGGCGCAUCACGAGGAGAUGGCCAAGCUGGUGAAGGAAAGGGACGAUCUAGACAAGGAGGCGGGCACCCAAAGGAGUGAAAUUGACCUCCUUACUGAAGAUAAGAAGGCGCUACAGAAGGAGAAGAAGAUUCUGGCCAAGGAGAAUAGGAGGCGCCAAGAGGAGUUGGAGGCGCUCAAGGCAGAGAAAGCUGCAGCAGGGGCGCCUACAUCAGACUUGGCGCUAAAAGCUCAAGCAUCCCUCAACAGCAUUCUCAUUCUGAAGAGAAAGCUCGAGGUUGAUCAUCCCACCAUCAAUUGGGAUGUCAAGGAGAUGGCUAACUUUGUGAUUGAGUUCAUGUCUAGCGGGCGCCCCAUCGUCGACGCCCCUCCUGCGCCCCCCGAAGAUCAAGCGGAUGAAGAAGGUUCGGAUUCGGGCUCUGAGUCCAGUGACGACUCAGCAGGGGAGGAAUAG